UCCAAGACGAGCAGCAAGGUCGAGCAGUAACGCCACUGUACUGCUUGACAUGUAUAACGUUGCCUCAGCCAUGGAGAUCCACCACAUGUUAAAAACGUGGUUCCCUUGCUAAUAUGCAAUGAAAAUGAGAAUCAGUACUGUCUGUGGGGCAGUGUCAGCUGUGUCGACGAGCUUUCGUCUGACUGCUUUAGAGUAAGAUUUGAGCAUUACUGUACGGACUGCUUAGCUAGCUGACAGGAGUUCAUUACCGGUAAACAUGAGUUCCGCUCCAAAUCAAGGUACAGUCAACGUCACAGAGACCGUGUCCAGCAAGCCCAGUCCUGCUGUCUCACUAGCCGGACAUGUCCAGCAGGUUUUAAGCCAUGUGAAAAUAGAAAACCUGUUCGCGGGACUCAGUGGAGGAGUGGUGUCAACACUGGUGCUUCACCCUCUGGACCUGGUCAAAAUUAGGUUUGCAGUGAGUGAUGGAUUGGAAUUAAGACCUCAGUACAGUGGCAUAAUGCACUGUAUGAAGAGUGUUUGGCAGCAGGAGGGACUUCGAGGACUCUACCAAGGAGUGACACCUAAUAUUUGGGGUGCUGGAGCAUCUUGGGGUCUCUACUUCUUUUUCUAUAAUGCAAUUAAAGGGUACAUAAAGGAGGGCCGUCAAACUGAACUGAGUGCCACAGAGCACCUGGUGUCUGCAGCCGAAGCAGGCAUCCUCACACUCACCCUGACCAACCCAAUCUGGGUGACCAAGACCCGGCUGGUGCUGCAGUACAAUGCUGACCCGACCAGUAAACAGUACAAGGGGAUGGUAGAUGCUUUGGUCAAGAUCUACCGCCAUGAGGGAGUGCCAGGACUAUACAAGGGUUAUGUUCCUGGUCUGUUUGGCACAUCUCACGGAGCGCUGCAGUUCAUGGCCUAUGAAGAGCUCAAGAGAGACUACAACAAAUACAAGAAAGUGCCUUCAGAUGCGAAGCUGAGCACAUGGGAGUACAUCACAAUGGCGGCAUUAUCCAAGAUAUUUGCUGUGGCCACAACAUACCCAUAUCAGGUGGUGCGAGCUCGCCUGCAAGACCAGCACAAUGCAUACAAUGGAGUUAUUGAUGUCAUCAGACGAACAUGGAGGAAUGAAGGCACUUUUGGUUUCUAUAAAGGCGUCAUCCCCAACUUGAUUCGUGUCACUCCUGCCUGCUGCAUCACGUUUGUAGUUUAUGAGAAUGUGUCUCGCUACCUUCUAGGACAAAAUCAAUAAGGCUUAAAAGCAUGUCAUGGACAGCUGCAAAGACUCUGAGCUCACACUGACACGUUCAGAGAUGCAGAGAGAAACGCAUCAGACUAAAGGCGAACGCUCAUGUAAAUGUGCCGAUGUGAGAAGCAUUCGUUUGCUCUGGAAAUGAAUGAAAAGGUUUCCUAAUGCAGCGAUGGAAUCCACUGGGGACUUUGAGAUGCACGACAAACUUUGACUUCUGAGGAAAAGUAUGUUGCUCUACACGCCAAAAGACAUUCUGCUAUGUCUUUUUUUAUAAUGUGUAAGUCAGCAGAGUUUGAUAAAUAUUUCAUAAUAGUUAGGUUUACAUUAAAAUAAAAUUGGCAACAGAAGAAUACAGGAUGAAAUAUGAAUUAUUUACAGCAAAUUGUAGAUCUUCUCAGGGUUCCAGUUGCAUGUGUGUGUGUGUGUGUGUGUGUGUGUGUAAAAUAUUAAUUUGUCUCUUAAAUUAUUACUACACCGCAGCGAUGGAGAUGCUUUUUGUUCCAAACACAACAAUAUAUUUAUCCCACAAUUCAUCUGUUUCCUGGCAACAAAUUGUAACCGCAUUGCUCUUUCACAUUGUAUUAUAAAAUCCAGACUGCUUUA